AUGAUUGGUGUUGAUGAUCAACGAAAAAUCAAUUAUGUAACUAAAUGUCAUCCACGUUGUUAUUUACGUGAUGUCGAACAAGAAUGUAUUGGACAUUCAAUAUUACAAUAUUGUCAUGCAAUCAACAAACGCACAGGUUUAUGCAAAGUAUGUGGAUGUAAUUGGAAAAAACAUAUGCAUAUUUCAUAUGAAUAUGAAACAUAUAUAACCCAUGUCGCGAUAAAUAAUACUAAUUCCCAAUCAGUAUUAAUAAGUAUUGAUGAACGUAUUCAUGCUUUAAGAUAA